AUGAGCGAUAGAGAAACGAUUGGUAAUAACGGUGCGGAUGACGACUUGUCACUUCCGAAAGCUACCGUCACAAAACUUAUUACAGAAAUGUUACCGCCUGAUAUUAAUUGUGCUAAGGAUACCCGUGAUUUACUAAUAGAUUGUUGUGUCGAAUUUAUUCACUUGAUCGCUUCUGAAGCGAACGAUAUAUGUGAAAAAGACGCUAAAAAAACGAUUGCUGCGGAACAUGUCAUUGAUGCCCUUAAAAAUUAUCUUAGUGAAGUACAAGAAGUCUUAAAAGAACAUAAAAAACUGCAAAAAGAUCGUGAUAAGAAAAGUUCGAGAUUAGAAAAUUCCGGAAUGACUGAAGAAGAGUUAUUGAGGCAACAAGAACUCUUGUUCGCACAAUCACGUCUUAAAUAUCAAGCUCAACAGCAAAAUUAA